AUGAUACCACGGAAAGCUCGGCGUCAGCAACAGUGGCUCAAGUUGUUCCUGGCCAUGGCAUGUCUUGCCUUUGUCUUUGGCUAUAUACCCUAUUUUACAUUCAUCAGCGACGUGUCCGUGUCACCCACCCAAACAACAUCGCUCUUUAAUUCCACGCCUCGCGAUCAGUUACUAUUGUACCGCAUCAUCGGCAACGAUCUGCCGCCACGACAUAAAGUAGGCCAGACGUUGUCCAAUCUGCACUUUAUUUUGCAACACGAGCCACCGUUUCCGGACACACGGAAAAUCUAUGUUCUCAAUCGGAUUGCCGAUCCAGCGAGCGAGAUGGCGAUUAUUCGGUUACUGAAUCGAUUCGACAAGGAAUACAUUCGGAUACCAUUUGUCGAGGAAGAUUACCAAAAGCUCGAUUUUCGUCUGGAAGACUUUCCAGAACCGGAUUUCUUGCACUCAGACGACUACCGACGUUACUCCAAAGUCUCCAAGUUACGAGCCCUCGAUUACACCUACCAUGAUAAAAAUCUCUACGUGAUGAAUAAUAAUGGCGGACGUAAUCGUGCUAUUCAUCAUGGUCGAUCCAUGCCGAAUGCUCGCUGGAUUAUGCCUUUUGAUGGUAAUUGUUUCCUAAGCGAAAACGGGUUUGCCGAAAUCAAAAGCCAACUGGAUCGUUAUGGCGAUACCACCAAAUAUUUUGUGGUUCCCAUGACACGAUUAUUAAACAAUUCCGUUUUGUUGAACAACCUCGAUGAACGACCCAAGACACCUGAAGAGCCGCAGAUCAUCUUUCGCUUUGAUGCAACAGAAGAGUACAAUCUGGAUAUGCGCUACGGUCGCCGCAGCAAGUUGGAGUUACUGUGGCGAUUGGGGGCGUUGGAGAAUCGUCGCUUACGUAAACCCAUCGUGCCAUGGGAACCGAUGGAACGACCGUACAGCAAGGAUAAAGGCAAUUUUAGGACCAUUGGUUGGGUAUAUCGUUUAUUUUCCGGGAACCCUCAGCAAGAGGAGAACAAGAAGGAAGCCUCGUCUAUCCGUGCUUUUAAUCGUCUGCUUGCCAUUCAAUCGUCUCUCGACAGUUUGGACGAAACAUUGGCGCGUCGCACGUUUCGUCACGAUGCUCUUUUCCGGUUCAAUGAACGGGCCAUGGCACAAAUACGGUAUGCGUUUUGGAACAAAGAGGCCGCCGUAGUAGGGAUUAUGGAUGAACUGGCCCGCCAAGCCGACGACGUAGUGGAGACGACCCAGGUGUACCUGUCGAAUGUGGAAUCGAUCGAGUUACCGUUGACCGGUUACAUGGAUACGCUUUCAAGAAACGUCACUCUUUUGACGCUAGCCAAUUAUUACCACGGCAAUGAAAAAUAUGCACGCGUCGCGGCCAAUCUUGUGCGGAUCUACAUUCUUAAUGCGAUGGCAGUAGAAGAUGAAGACGAGUAUGAUUCGGCCCGACGAAUUCCCGAAGACAGUCAUGUGCUCGAUUUUCUUUCGGAUCAAGGUUACUCUUUCCCUCGUCUUGGUCGCUUGUCCCGCGUGGUGCCCAAGUCCAACCGAAGUCGACCUCUGAGCAUGGCCGACUGGACAAAAACCGAUCUGUCCUCUUUUCUGGACUCGCUGCGUCUCCUCAAACGGGCGCAAGCUUUGUCUCACAAAGAAUACAUUGAACUGCAAGCCAUGAUGACGGACGUUCUGGAUUAUCUGGUGACGUCUCCUACGGGCGUUCAUUUGGCCCAGCUUACCGACCAUCGAGGCGUACUGUACGAUCUUCAAGUCACCGCCUUGGCUACCUUUACCGACGAUGUACGCCUGUUCCUCCGUGUCGCCAAUCGAUGCCGGAUGCGCAUAGGGAAGCAUUUCCAAGCGGAUGGGACGCAACAACUGAAGCAGACGUCGGUCUUGGAUCGAAUGCAACCAGGGCAGACGUACGAGACAACAUUCAAUUCUCGGUCUUUGUGGCGAGCCGUUUUACAUCAGGAGACGCGCAAUCUUCAAUACUGGACCAUUCUCGCGCGGAGCAUUCAGAAUACAGGUGUCGCCAAGGAUAUUUGGCAUUACACCGCACGAAAUGGCGCCAGUAUAUCGCACUCUGUCACCGCUCACCUCAAGCGUUACGUAGAUGGGUUACCGAAAUUGUCCACGGCCGAUGCCACAUAUGCGAAAUCGGUCCUGAGACCCUUGGCUCAGAUGGCGACGGUAGCGGCGGAUCACAGCAACGACGGUGGACAGGAUCAGGCGUGGCUCUCACAGCAUGCUGCCACCUUUGGUAGUCCGUGGAGUGUGGAAAACUUGCCCAAUGCGGCCCCAGUACCUCUGGUGGGCCAUGCAGCAAACGACGAGGAGCACAGUGGUGUCGCAAAUUACGACGAUUACAACGCUGAACAGAUGGGAGUCCCAUUCUUUUGGAUGCUCACCAACCAACUGUAG